AUUAUUCCUUGGGUUGGGUAGAAAUUUCUCUUUUGAAAAUAUUGAACUCGGUCUAUGAUGCUUGCACAAAAAUGGAGAAGAUUCCAUUUCCUUAAUGUCUUUCUUUUAAUAUUAAAAGCAGUGAUUUAUAAUUACACCAAAAAAAAAAAAGUGAUUAUAAAGUUGUCUUCUUUAUCCCUGAUAGAAUAUACAAAGAACAUGAACACGACGGUUAAUUGUGUCUUAAGUUUCAAUUUCUAACUGAAAAAUACACCGGCAAUUUGCAAUAUUAAAACACCCAAUAAUUGUGGGAUAUUAUACGCAGGUAUCUGAUACUCCUAUAUUUAAAACAAAACAUGCAUAAAAGGUUCACCUCUUCAACCGGUAACCAGUUAUAAGUACUGAACAAAAAAACUCAGUCACAGAGACCGUAGCAAGCACCAGAUACGCUACGGCAAUCAAGGGUUUUAGUUUCAGGUUUGGUUUCUUUAAGCUUGUUGUUCAACGACUACUACCAACACUUUAUUUCGACUUUGUUGCAUUUCCACCCAGGCAAUGGAUGUUGCUGAGGGGGAGCCUUAUAGGCCAGAUGCGGGAUUUGAAGAAGAUUGGAGGGAACCUCUUGUUGAUCUUUCUUUGACCGACUCUACAGAGCUUUGGCUCAUUCAGUGGCCUCAUAAUGAACUUCCUGAUUUUCAAGGGAAAGAAAUAUCCCUUGGUCUUUAUCAUGAUGGAUGUUUGGGCAGUUUUGAAGGUUCAUUUGGGAAAAUAUAUGAUGUUGUCAGCUGUGCUGCGCAAGAGUCUGAUGCAACAGUUUUCCUAUCCUCUGCAUCAGAAACAAAAAUUGUUGGGAAUAUUUCACGGCGAGUUUCUCUUGUCCAUUAUCCUGAUCCUAAAGAACUUGAGAAGCAAGAAGCUGAAAAAAAAUCAAAACGAUUGCAUCAGAUGUCUGCUGGAUCUUCAGUGAUAAACUCUUCCCAUCGUCUUUCGACCCCAACUCAAAGUAAGCUUAGGAGAUCAUAUUCAUCGAAGGGACAUGGAGCUUCAACACACAGUAGCAGACAUAAAAGUUCUUUGUCCGAAGUUGGAGAGCAAUCAAAUGCGAAAAAAAGAAAACAUAAAAAUGAACUUACUGCAUCGACAGAUCGCUUUACAUUAGAUUCAGGGCGGAGUCGCAGCGAAAACAAUUUUGCAGGGCCAUCAGAGCAUUCACAAUAGGGCAUCAUGAAAUGAGUGAUAAUAUGCAAGAGUGAGGCUCUCUUACUGGCGUUUUGCCCUCUCCUAGAAUUCUUUUUUGUCAACUUUUAUAGAUACCAUUGAUUUUUGUCCUAAUUAUAUAAUAUGACAAUCCCACGUUAACUUCCUUGUGGGAUCUGUAGUGGGAUAAAAAGCAGCACAUGAAGUGUUCCAAAGAUGUUUGUGGGACUUUGCCAUUUACUAUUCACUUUGAUUUAGGAGCUCAAAUAACCAUAUUUUGAUUAUGUCA